UUUACCUCUGAGCAUUGCCCCUGGACGCACGUUCAACGACGCACGUUCGACAGAAUGUUGGGCCACUCAGCUCCUAUUCUCGGAGUGUCUGCUCUGCUAUAUAUUUAGAAUGCCGUUGAAGAGACAUUUGUCGAGCGCAUCCUCUAGGUACUCGACAAAGCUCAGUAGCCAUCUGCUGCAGCAACUUGCCGCGAUGGGGAAAGCCUUGUUAACGCAUGCUGCUGCGCUCGCCAUCAUUCGAGCUACUUUUGCGCUUCCGCAAUCGAUCUCUGGCUUAGGUCCGUCGGCGUACACGGUGCCUGGAGCGUUCCCAACAUCGUUCUAUGCAUCUUACUACAACGAUCCCACCGCUACGUCUGCGGAGCCGCAGCCAGUGGUCUCUGAUCCAGUCACGAAUAAGGUUUAUCCGUAUUGGCUCACGAAUCCGGAUACCAUUCCUCAGGAAAAUGUCCUCGAAGCCCACCCGCUACCCCCACCGGCGACCUCGGAACUAUUCUUGGAAACGGCAUUCGCUCAGAUCGUCUCAAUCACAUCCAAUCCGGUGUUCGCAAACGACACCUGUGCGCAAUGCCAAGCCUCUUUGGAGGUGGCGAAGUUCUUAGCGAUGGCUGCUCCCGAACAAGUGCCGAAUUUGGCUGUACAGCUCUGCGACUACUUCGACUAUGAUACUACGCUGUCGUGCCAGCAGACCUACGGCAUCUACGCGCUUGGAUCGCCUAUCACACAGGUGUUGGCCUAUACUGAUGCAGGAGGAUAUGAUGGACAGUCGAUUUGCUCGAACUAUCUGGGUUUGUGCCCAUUGCCGCCGACCAGUCCCCUCAACUUGACGACUUGGUUCGCAAAGCCGAAGCCGAAUCCCCUGCCCCCGCCGAAACAGCCCACGGGAGAAAGGCUGAAGAUCCUGCAUAUCUCAGACUUCCACAUUGAUCCGCGAUACGCCAUCGGCUCUGAGGCGAACUGCAGCCAGUACCUGUGCUGUCGUCGACGAAGCUACAACGAGUACAGCCUGAACCAGAGCUCCCUGCCCGCUCCGCGCUAUGGCGCCUACAACUGUGACUCCCCUUUCACGCUGAUCGCUGCGGCUUUGGAGGCGAUCCCUGUCGUCUCGGGUACGAAUGCAGAAGCUGGUUUCAAUUUCACGAUCUAUACUGGUGAUCUUGUGCCCCAUGACCCGGAGAAUGAGCUGUCCAGGGAGUUCACGUUGUACGCCGAGACAGUUUUGUUUGACCUGGUCAAGAGAACGCUCAACACAGGCCCCAUGUACGCAGUACUCGGCAACCACGAUACCUAUAACGAAGCACAGAACAACCCGUACGACAUCCCGAGCGGGCUGUCUACGGAAGACGACUGGAAUUACGACUAUAUUGCUGCGUUGUGGGAACUGGAAGGAUGGCUUUCUCCGUCAGAAGCUCAACAAGCUCGCACGACGUAUGGCGCAUACUCAGUCCAACGUGGGGACGGUCUGAGAAUCAUCACGCUGAACACCGACUUCUGGUACAACGCGAACUACUACAACAAUAUCAACCUAACUUCGUCUGACAACUCCGGCAUGUUGAGGUUCCUGACGGACGAGCUGCAGGAUGCGGAAGAUGCCGAGGACCGAGUCUGGAUCCUGGGGCAUGUACCUAGCGGAUGGGAUGGCACUAAUGCGAUGAACAACCCGUCCAAUCUCUUCUAUCAAAUCGUCGAUCGGUUUUCUCCUCAUGUGAUUUCAACGAUAUUCUUUGGGCAUAAUCAUGAGGAUGAGUUUUCGAUCUAUUACGCCAACAAUGCGACGAAUAUCAGCGCAGAAACCGCGUUGGCUGUGUCAUGGAUCAUGCCGUCUGUGACUCCUUUGACAAACUUGAAUUCGGGCUUCCGAGUAUUAGAGGUUGACUCUGGGACGUUCGACAUCCUUGAUGCAUACACCUGGGCGGCAGACGUGAACACCUUCGGAGAACUCGAUGGACAGACGGAGAUUGGACCGACCUAUGAGUUGGAAUACAGUACCCGUGAGGCAUACGGUCAGACCAUCACCCAGUGGGGUCCUAAUGACCCGUUGAAUGCUACGUGGUGGCACUUGGUCACCGAAGCGAUGGAAGCUGACCCGUCUCUCGUUGAGCUGUUUAACACGUACCAAGGCAAGAGCUCGGUGAUGACUCCGCCCUGCACGGGAGAAUGUAUCCCCGCCAGGAUCUGCUACAUGCGAAGUGGCAGCGCGAGCAUCGCAUACCAGAACUGCCCCUCUGGCUACGGAUCUGUGCAGUGAGCGACUCAAGAAUCCCUCAACUAUGACGAAAUGUAUCGAGAGGACUGUGCUGUAGCCGUGUGUUCGUGGUUUAUAAACAUAUAACUGUCGAACAGUUCAAUGUUCACUUUGAAUGAUGCAAAUGGACGUGACUAGUGUUGGAUUGUGG